AUGGCUCUUCCUGCGCUACUUCGCUCAACGGCUCUCCGCACAUCACAGCGCUCUUUUAGUACGACAAGUGCCAAACGCAUCAUGCCGUCUAUGCUUACACGCACGGUCCCGACGACCUUCCAACUGCAGUCGUCGCUUCCCCGGUUGCCGGUACCCAAGCUGGAGGACAGUCUCGCUCGCUACCUCAAGAGCUUGGAGCCGUUCCUGCGUCAGAAGGAGGAACUGGGCGAGCUCCCGGCGGGUGCCACCGCCGAGAGUGAGCUUGCUCAACGUCGCGCCUGGGCCGAUGAGCUGAUCUCCAGUGGCCUCGGUCAGCGCCUGAAUGAGCGUCUGAUCGACGUCGAUCAGACCACCGAAGACAACUGGUUCGACGACCGAUUCUGGCUCGAGAAGGCGUACCAUGAAUGGCGCGCCCCCUUGCUCGUCAACAGCAACUGGUGGAACAUGUUUGUGGCCGAUCCCUCGAUGCCCGCUGAGCUGAGCGAGCGUGUGGAUGCGCCGGCGUACACGGAGGAGGCUGUACGUGUGCAGAACUGGGACAAGGCCGAGUGGGCCGUGCGACGCGCUACGUGGAUCCUGUACCGUGCGGCGCUCUUCAAGAUCGCGAUUGAUCGCGAGACGAUCAAGCCGGAUGUCGCGCGUAUUGGUGCGUUCUGUAUGCACCAGUACAGUCGCAUGUUUGGUGUGACGCGUAUUCCCUCGCGCCCGCAUGACUACAACACGGCGACGUCGAUUACGGCGGGCUCGCGUCAUGUUACUGUGAUUGUGCGUGACAACUACUAUGAGCUGCCAGUGAUCAACGAGCAGGGUGAAGUGUACCCGCUUGACUCGCUGGAGAAGGCCAUCUGGGCGAUCGUCGAGGAUGCGAAGAAGCAAGACGGUGCUGGUGUGGGUGUGAUGACCUGCAACGACCGUGAUGCGUGGACGCUGGCGCGUGAGCACUUGCUUUCGCUCGGCGCGACAAACCGCAAGAGUUUGCAGUCGAUCCAGAAGAGCAUGUUUGUGCUCUCGAUCGACUCGAACACGAUCGGCAACCCGGUCGGUACCAACCCGCCGUCGGGCUCGGAGCCUGAGUAUGCGGGUGCGAUGGCGAUCAGUGCCUCGGGUGGUGGUCGUUGGGGCCACAACCGCUGGUUCGACAAGGCGAUUUCGUUCACGGUGGAGUCCACGGGCCGUGCUGGUCUCAUGGGAGAGCACUCGCCGGUCGAUGCCCUGAUUCCCUCGAUGCUGGCAGAGCGUGUGCUGGCCGACUGGAUGCCGCCGCCCAGUGAGCCGAUGCCGGAGAAAGCGGAGGGCGUGUCGCUCCUGGACGAGGCUCCAGCGUGGAGCAAGCUGGAGUGGGUGCUGGAUGACAAGGUCCACGCCGACAUUCAGGCGGCCGAGACGACGGCCAAGACCAUCACUGCCGACGCCGACAUUGGCAUGCUGUGGUUCAGUGAAUACGGCACCGACUGGAUCAAGAAGGUCGGCAAGCAGUCGCCGGAUGCGUACAUCCAGAUGGCGCUGCAGAUCGCCUACGCGGAUGUGCACGGCCGCCAAACAGCGACGUACGAGACUGCCAGCACGCGUCUGUUCCGUCACGGCCGCACGGAUGUGAUUCGCUCGUUCAGCAACGAGGCGUACGACCUGGUGAAGGGUGUGCGUGAGAACAAGUCGCACGAGGAGCUCUACAAGCUGCUGACAGCGGCCACGGUGGCGCACACGCGGCAGACGCGCGACCACUCGUUCGGCAAGGGCUUUGACCGUCACCUGAUGGGUCUGCGCCUUGCGUACCGUGCGGAGGACGAUGGUGAGGCGCCCAAGCUGUUCACGGAUCCGCUGCUGACAGAGUCGGCAUCGUGGAAGCUGAGCACGAGUGGUCUGAGCGCUGGUGAGCGGUUUGUUGGUACGGGCUUUGGCUCGGGCUUCCCGGACGGUUUCGGAACGAACUACUUGACGGGCAGCAAGACGCUCAAGUUCGGUAUGGAGUCGAAGCGUUCGAAUCCGUUUGGCAAUGGCCAUCCUCUGCACAUGUACAAGCAGAGCAUCAUCAAGGCUCUGCGGCUCAUGCGUGAGAUUAUCGAGAAGGGCGCGCCACCGGCGGAGGCCAAGCUCUAA